UGAUUAUCGACAUGAACUUAUUACUAACUACUUGUAGUUAGCCCAUAGUCAGUCUUCACAUUUAUUGGCUCCCUGAACCGCAUUUGUCGAUCUUGAUGAUUAUGUACAUAGGCAGUAUGCGCUGCUGCGGUGUCUCUCGGCCGCCUGCUUGUGUACUCAAAGGCUUGGGAAAAGCUAGACCCCAACCUUAUAAUGGAAAUGACUGCACUUGGAUUCAAUGUUGAUCACCCCCCGGACAUAUUCAACCUCCCAGACACCAGAUCGAGGGUUCAAUCCCCCUACCAGCGAGAAUCAGCUUACAUUCUAUUCCCUUAGUGGUUGGUGUGCAAAUUCCGCGAAUGCAGAAAUGCUGCUACUCCAUCAAGCCGGAAGUGUCCGAGUCGGUGAGGUAGUUAGGUACACAUUAACUUACACCCCAGCAACCGAUCCCAUUCAACCAAUUCCAGAAAAGCUAUAUAUAAAGGUCAAAAACACGUCGGCCAUUCCGUUGCGAGCUGCAUACCUCCAUGGCCCAUAUACUCUUUACGCAUCUUGUUACCCUUCUAAAUUUGAUCCGAAUCUAAAAUACGAACAACAAGAAACCGAGGGGACCCCAGAAUUUGAACCUUACAUCAAGGCAGGAGGAAACUGGAACUCGACUAUUACUGUACCCCAACGUCUUCGGCAACCAAAGGAACCUACCCCUGUCAACCCUGAGAGCUGCCAAAGUAUAACCUGGGUCAUCGAAAUAGUAUCCCAAGUGAUUUUUUCGAGCACCGCAGCUGUCCGAUUUGAGCUUCUUGUUGGUCGUGAUGAAAGAUCACUAGCAUUGUUAUCUGCUGGUGGAGCUACAGCCAAUGGCCUCCCCCGGCCAGCUCAGCUAGAUGAUCACCGGUCGCCAAAAACAAAGGGCAAGCAAGUGCUUGCCACCAAAGGAGUAUACUCUAAAUCUAUCAAAUUACUUAUAGAUGACACAGUUAGUCUUUGGAACACACCCCCUUUUCCAUCUUUUAGCGAAGAGAAUAAGGCCGCCAAAGCCAACCGGGCCCAGGAUGGUGUAUCAGCAGCUUUCGGAUCACCGGAAGAAUGCUUCAGUGGACCCGAUAGCAUCCCAAAGAAUGGCGAGCUCAAGAAGAAAAAAAUCCAUCUCGUUGUGUUAACCCACGGGUUACACAGCAACCUUGGGGCAGAUAUGCUCUACUUGAAGGAAAGUAUUGAUGCCGCUGCCAAAAAAGCCAAGGAAAAAGUGCAAAGGAACCGAGAGCAUUCCAAGAAGCGCCAUGUUUCCUCGGACCCAUCCACCUCUUCACGAGACAGGACGAACGACUAUGGAGCAGGAAACGAUGCUAAUUCAGAUUCUGACUCUGAUGAUGAGCAAGUUAUAGUCAGGGGUUUCCCUGGAAACGCUGUUCGCACAGAACGUGGAAUACAAUACCUCGGCAAACGUCUUGCAAAAUACGUCUUGUUAAUGACUUACCCGGAUCAGCCAUAUCUCCCCCUUAAGAGCACGAAAGGAAAAUCUCUAUCCAGACCACUUGCCGCCUGGAAAAGCCCAGCGGAGCAGCCUAUCAACAUUCCCACCGCCACAAAUCCUAAUGAGGACCACAAAGAUGGCCAGGAUCAUGCUUACAGAGUUGCUAGCAUCAGCUUUAUUGGUCAUUCGCUUGGUGGUCUUGUCCAGACAUAUGCGAUUGCAUACAUUCAAAAAUACUCCCCUCAAUUCUUCGAAAUGAUCAAACCCAUCAACUUCAUAGCCCUAGCAACGCCUUUCCUUGGUCUCAGCAAUGAGAAUCCGGUGUAUGUUCGGUUUGCCUUGGAUUUAGGGCUUGUCGGUCGGACAGGUCAAGAUCUAGGCCUGAGUUGGACUGCGCCGAGGAUGAGAAGUGGCUGGGGGGCUAUAAUUGGAGGCAAGGGCCAUACCAUAAAACCACAAGCACAUACAGAUCCUGGUUCUAAACCUUUGCUCAGAAUUCUGCCAUGUGGCCCUGCACAUGAAGUGCUCGUCAAGUUCAAGCACCGUACCAUUUACUCUAAUGUGGUCAAUGAUGGAAUAGUCCCUUUACGCACUUCAUGUUUGCUUUUUCUCGAUUGGAAAGGUCUAGAUCGGGUUGAAAAGGCAAGGAGGGGGAAUGGUAUCAUGGGAACAAUGGCUGAAUGGGGCUGGGCAGAAUUAACAGGGGCAAACUCGAAAUCUCCACAGGCCACUCGCCCCGGUGCUGAGGUAACAUUGGGUGAUACUAAUGAAGAAAGUGAUUAUGCAAACAAGACUACUGUGACAGUAACCCCAUGGCAAAGUGAAACCCCUAGCAACAUAAUCCCAACCGACGCACCACCCACUCCCAAACCCAGCCAGUUCCUGAAGCAACCUCACCAGUCAGAAACAGGCAACAUAACAGAGUUAAGCUCGAAGGAAGUUCCGGCACAAUCUUCGCCUCUGGGCCCGUUGAGCAGCUUUUUCUCUAUAUUCCGGCCGAAAGAAACCAAAUCUUCACCUGGGCAUAAACAAACGAAGAUUUACAAGCGCAGCCAGACUCUUUGUGUGUCAGACGGAUCUAUUGAAGCACCAUUGCCUUCUAGAUCGCAUCCCCGGGAAGCAUUGGUUCGCGACAAUUCAUACGAUGAGGGUGGAGUUCAUACCCCGCCAAAGACCACAUUGUUCGAGUCAGCCAGUGAUCUUCUUAUGCCUCCUCUUCCACCCAUUGACUUCAUUGUUGAUCCUGCCUCAAGGCCUCGAACUAUUUUCCAUGACCGGAUAUAUCACCCGGAGGACAUACCUCCCCCGCUACCGUUCAAGCGACGGGCUUUAACAUUUGGGCCGUCACAAAGCAAGAAUCCUCCGAUGCAUCUACCCCCAAGCGGCGAGUCUGAGAGCGGACUGAAAGUUGAGGAAAAAAUCGCGAGGGCUUACCAUCGAAAUUUGUCAUGGCGUAAAGUACUUGUUCGCCUCGAGCCUGAUGCGCAUAACAAUAUUAUUGUGAGACGGAUGUUCACAAACGCAUAUGGUUGGCCUGUAGUCGAGCAUCUCGUUGACACACACUUUGGACAUACUUCCGUGGAUCAACCCGAUGAGUUUGUUAGACGAAACACAGAAAAAGCUAAGUCGUCUAAGAUUAGAACUACUGGUUCUGGCGAUGUUGAAGGUCAGACAGACCCCCAAGUAUCGUGUCAUAAUGCCACAAGUGAAAUUCAAGAGACUACUGACCAGAGAGGAUUUUGUAUUACCGAAAACCUUUCGCGUUCCCACAAGGAGAGGGUGGCAGCAGUUCCAGUCGAAGAAGUGACCCAAAAUCCUUUGGGGGUUGAUAUGGAAUCGGAUGUAUCGAUAGUCUCAGGGGGCGACUCAGCCAGGUGGUGUGAUCAUGGUUUUGAUGAUGAUGAUGAUGACGGUGAAUCGGAGUUCGGAGAGGGUGAAGGUGGUUUUGAUAAUCUUAUGAUAAGGAUAAGAAAUCAAUAAACAGAUGGUCCGUUUUGGGGGAGGGGGGGGGAGGAAGCUCCCCAUGGAAUAGGUAAAUGCUAUCUGCAUAUAUAUAUAUAUAU